CCCCCUGGCUGAGGUUUGUUUUUCCAUGACACGGGGAAAGCCGGAGCCGCGGCUCGGGCUGGGCUCUGCCCAAGAGAAAUGGCAAAAAUCCGGUGAUUUAGGGCAAGGCCGGUUGGGAAAGAGCUGCGGAAUCCGGAACCCCCCGGCUCCGCUUCUCAUCCCAAACAACGUUUCAUCCCAAACCCGGAACAGGCGUUUUCCAGAGGGGGAAGGAGAAGCUCGAGGGGCAGCUUCCCUGCUCAGGCCAGGCUGGGAUUUAGGGAGAAUCCCAAAGCGCCUUUUCCAGCCGGAGUUGUUCGGCGGGGAAAAGCGGCCCCGCGUCGCGGCCGGGCUCAUUCGCGGUCUCUGUUCCCGGCAGGAGGGAAGGAUGGAGCCGCUGCUCGGCGUCCUGGCGUUGGUGACGCUGCUGUCCCCAGGCCUGGCCUGCCCCAGCCCCUGCUCCUGCUCCACCAAGAAGAACGGGCGCCUGCUGGCCGAGUGCGCCUACCGCGAGCUGCGGGACGUGCCGCGGGGGCUGUCCCCGAAUGUCACCAUCCUCACGCUCUCCGCCAACCGCCUGGGCCGCCUGGGCCGCGCCUCGCUGGCCGAGGUGCCCGAGCUGCAGUCGCUGUGGCUGGGCUACAACCACAUCUCGGCCGUGGAGCCCGGCACCUUCGCGGCGCUGCCGCACCUCAAGAACCUGGACCUGAGCCACAACCGGCUGGCCGAGUUCCCGUGGCAGGACCUGCGCAACCUGAGCGCGCUGCAGAUCCUCAAGCUGAGCAACAACCGGCUGGCCGCGCUGCCCGGCGGGGCGCUGGCCGGCCUGCGGGAGCUGCGCUCGCUCUGGCUCAACGACAACGAGCUCACCACGCUGGCCCGCGGCACCUUCGAGGCGCUGCCGGCGCUGGCGCAGCUGCAGCUCUUCCACAACCCCUUCAACUGCUCCUGCAAGCUCUUCUGGCUCAAGGAGUGGGCCGACAGCACCUCGGUGGUCAUCUCCCGGGCGGGCUCCACGCUGUGCGCCGCCCCGGCGCGGCUGCGGGGCCGCGCGGUCACCGACAUGCCCGGCUCGCUGUGCGUGGCGCCCUCGGCGCAGCUCACCUACCAGAUCGGAAGAGCCGCCCUGUAG